GCAAGCAGCAGAAAGAAAGAAUCGGUGAGCUAACAUAAUAACCAAAAUAUCGAUGUUCGAUCAUCUCGCUAAAAUGAGGUUUUUGCAAAUGCCUUUCUCUUGAUUUCGCGGGGACAUGGUGAGGAGAGCGUUUCCCAUGUUGCAUUAGUGGAAGUGUGACAUGCUGGCCUGUCUGCCAGCAUCAUCAGGUGACCCUACCACCCGAUUUCUCUCCCACACGCAGAUGAACACUAGACUUCAGCAAUGGGACACUACACAGAAGAUGAGAUCUGCCAACUAUCCAACCCCAGCAGAAUUGGAUGCCUUUGCUAAGAAAGUCGCCAACAAGCCUCUGACCAUAAAGAUCUUCCCCAACAGUGUCAAAGUACCACAGCGGAAGCACAUCCGCCGCACGGUGAACGGGUUGGACACAUCCACCUCCAGCCAGCGCCACAGCCCCUACCCGUCUCAGGUCAGCAGCACCAGAGCGGGCCUCCUGGCCGUCCUCCGCACUUCGCCCGGCAAAGACAGCAGCCAAGCCCGUCUGCUUCCCAAAGCAGCCAUGAACCUCCACAGCGGGCCGUACGUCGUUCAGAGCACUUUAAACCUCCCCCUGCCUGUCCCCCACGUCCAGGGCAUGUCUCAAACCCAGCCCCAGGCAUUGGCCCAGAAACAGAGCCUCCCACAUCCACAGCAUGCUCUACAGCAGCAGCACAACAUGGCUCACCCCAUGACUUUACAGCCACAGAAUAUGCCUCAACCACACCCUCAAACUUUACAGCAACAGAACAUGGCUCACCCUCAAACUUUACAGCAACAGAACAUGGCCCACCCUCAAACUUUACAGCAGAAUCUCCAGCGGCAGCAGAGUUUGCCUCACACGCAGACUUUACAGCAGCAGCAGCAAACUCCGACUCGGCCACAAACCUUACAGCAGCAACAACAGCAGCAUCUUCUUCAUCAUCAGACUCUGCAGCACCAGACUCUUCCCCACCAACAAGCUUUACUACAGCAGGCUGUGGCUCGGGCUCAAGGUCUCCGGCACCUGCCUGACGUGACCCAGGCCCAGCCUCCACCGAGUCUGCAACAUUCCCAGGGCCUGCAGCACCCCCAGAGCCUGCCCCUGUCACAGCCUCUCCCCCAGGGCCUGCGACACCUGCCUGAUGUGGCCCAGGCCCAGCCACCCAGUCUGCAACAUUCCCAGGGCCUCCCCCCGUCUCAGCCUCUCCCCCAGGCCUCCGGUACCGGCCCUGGCUCCCCCUCUGCUUCCAAUGUCCUGCAGCCCCAGCCAGGCCCCAGGAAGCUGCCAGACGCAGACGCCCCGCCAAACGUAACCGUAUCUACCUCCACCAUCCCACUGUCCAUGGCGGCCGGCCUGCACCACAACCGGCCGGGCACCGACCUGAGCAGCAUCGUGCACCAGAUCAAGCAGUUCUGCCAGGCUCGGGCCGGAAUGGGCUCCACUUCGGUGUGCGAGGGCCAGAUCGCCAACCCCAGCCCCAUCAGCCGUAACCUCCUCAUCAACGCCAGUUCCAGGGUCAACACACCCCACAAUCUGGGCCUCCUUCCCUCCUGCCUGCUGGGCCCGAAAGAGAAGGUCCCUGGAGGAUCCCAGGGCCCUGCGGGUGCUAGUGGCCUACAGCCCAACAUGGCUGUCAUGAACAGGAUGCCACCUGCUUUCCACACUGACAUGACGCAGCAGUUACAGCAGCAGCAAUUACAGCAGUUACAACAGGCUCACCAGCAUCAACAACAGCAUCAGUUACAGCAGCUCCAACAGGUUCACCAGCAGCAGCAACAACAUCAGUUACAGCAGCAACAUCCGCUCCAACAGCAGCAACUCCAACAGCAGCGCUCCUGGAACCAGCACCAGCUGGCUCACAUGCAGCACCUGCCUGAGGGAGCCCACCCCUGUAAGAACCCCAGGAGAGAAGCCCCCUCUGGGCCUGGCUUCUCUGCCAAGACCCUCAACUACCGCCACGAGCUGCUGGCCUCGCAGCCACAAGCCUUCCCCCUUAAACACCCAUCAGACAAGACAACCUCCUCGCCCCCCGUCACCGGCCCAGCAGGCGGCACCAUGCCAAGCUACACCAACGGGCCCCACCUGCAGGUUCCAUGGGGCAGCGUCCUACAAGCAGCCAAAAGUGACGGCCUAGGCCCACAGGAUUUGCCCAUGGCCUUCCAGGGGGGCCCGGCAGGGACCUCCAUAGACUGCAGCACACCAGGAUCACAGUACCGACCAGGAGCCAGACCCGGGGUCCCAGGUCCAAGUCAGACCAAGCUGAUGCAGCAGAAUGUGUCUGAUUACCUGGCUGGGGAGUUCCAGGCAUUCCAGCAGAACCCAGGAGCCAUGGGGAAGAUGCACAGGCCCCCCAUGGGCAGAGCUCCAGGCCAGGGCCCAGAGCUAGGCAAUGGUAGAAAUAUCCAAGCUCACCACCCAGGCUAUAGAUAGAUAGAUCUAUCUGUCUUCAUCUCACCAGUCGUGUGUUAUGGUUGGUGAAUGAUUCAAGGUUACAAUCAGGUUUCCACAUGUUGUAGAGAUCUUGCAAGUGAUCAAUUGAAUGUUCUCCCUAGUCGGUUGUUCCUGCUCUCAAUGUUCAAUAGCUGACUUGUCUGUAUUUAAGAAAUGCUUCCUCAGCCAAUUAAAAGGUGUCUGUUAUCCUUAGUGCCAGAUGAAGGGUUUUAGAUUGUUAUUCCAGUGAUGAGGAACACUUACUCAUACCACAACAUGGACAUCUGCUGCUUGUAGUAUUUUCUGGGAUACGCUAUUGUGAUCUAGGACUAGGUAGAGAACCUAGUAGGGCUACUUCCUGUCAACAUAAUAAGCGCCAGUUAUGCCCAGGUUGUCAUGGAACCAACCACUCCCUUUUACAAUAUUAGUGGCCUUACAGCUGCCAAUGCAGUGGCAGAAAAUGGGGUCUACUUUCCUGACUUAUGUUUACAUUUACAAUUAUGCAGCGGCUGAAAAUUCCAUAUAGACAUGGAGGAUGCAUGCUUGUUAAUGCCCCCAAUGAGACUGAUUUGCUGAAGGGGUAUUUUUGUAUGCUAAUAUGAAUCAGGUCCAUGUCUAAGAAUAUAUUAUUUCUUCAAUCUCUCCCCAUAUACAGUAAGGUAAGGCUACAGCCAUUGUGUCCUGUCCUCUUGUGUGUGUGGUAAGGCCUUGAGACAGAGUGCUUUUGAAGUUGUUUUUAAUUGUUUUAUUUUAUCCCUACCUUGUGCUGUUACUUUAAUUGUUUCUACUUGAAUUUUACCGGUGACGUUUUCAGUAUGAGGACUUGGAGAAUUGAAAUGUUAUGCUAAACAUUUACAAAAGGAACAAAACCUAACUUUGGGAAAAACAUUACAUGUAUUUGAAUAACGUGAACCCUGUACAAUCAAUCCCCUGAUCUUGAAAGGAAUUGUCUGUGUGCAAAGACCAAAUUGAUCACUUGCAAGUGUACAUACCAGAGGGUUAAAAUGGUAUUUAAUACUUUCACCACUAUACUACUGUAAACAAUUCCUUGUGGAUCUUUGCCUGUCUGUGGGGGUUGUGGUAAGCUGAGGGGUAUCCUACGAAGCAGGUUUGAGGAGUUAGCGAGGUAACUUUGGUCAACUCUGGAUAACUGGUCAUACGAAAGUGGCUCACCUUUUAGCCAGGUAAAUCUCUAUGGCAAUAAAUCCUUCAGAACUAACCUGCUCUGGGGAAGGCUAACUCAUGGCUAAUUCCACUUACCCUGAAUGAAAUGACUGAGCCACGAGUUGAGGACCAACAAAGUCAGAUUCCCUCCCUCUUGCAAAGAUUGCGUCAUGAUCCCCUUCAUUUGAGGAAGAUGACUGAUUAAAUAGAUGUUUUUUUUUGUCUUAAAGAGUAAUGUUAAAAUAUCCCAUUACACAGUUUAAUGACAAUGCAUUUUAAACGUCAUGCCCAGUAACACUUUUUUACGACUUAAUAAAAUAAGGUUAUCGAUAGGAGUGGGGAAAAAGGUGCUUGUGGUUGUUCAUUAAUAAGCACACCACGUUGGCAUCAACGAUAAGUAAUAAAGAUUGUGCUUCUAAAAGCCCAUUUCAUACCAUGAUUUCGGCACAAAUGAAAAUGUGGCACUGACUCGCCCAUGGAUUGACGUUUCAGCAUUGUCUUAACGAAAAGUUCAGCAUUCGACUAGCCAUGUGCGACAUACACGUGCAGUUACUAGCAUUGCUAGAGUUAGUGGCAGACGGACGAGCAAUAUCCACCGUCUUAGUACGGAUAAGAGCUGGAAUGUGAAGCUAACGGAAGCUGGUUAGCUUUAGAAAACCCUGAGUAGAUCUAGCUUGCUUCGUAGGAGACCACUCUUCCUUCACUUGCUAGCCUUAUCCUAACUAUGUAUUGUCUCUGUACUACCUAGAAAGGAGAACUGUGGUUCAGUCCAGUUCUUUGAAAUGCAGGUUACCUCAUGCUAGUAGAUGGGUCUAAUCAUAGAAAUAUAAUUACUUCUAAGUAAUUAUAUUUCUAUGGGUCUAGCAUGGUGCGUUUUUCCUCAGUUUAGCUUGGGUAACGGCUUACUCUUGUGAUGGCCCCUCAUUCCUCCUCCAUGAUAACUCUUGAAAAAAAGCCUUAAAUGUUAUAUUAGUUACCCUCGAUACCUUAAAUGUUGUAUGACUUUCUACACCAUGCCGGAUUUCCUCAAACAGUGCAUGGUGUAGGAUCCCAAAUCGAAAAUAGUUAUGAUACUAGCAAUUGUUUCUGCAUAUGUUUUCAUUAAAGGACACUGUUAAAUUGCUAAUUAAAAAUCCUCCUUUAAAGGAUGGAAAGUAUUUAGCAGAGUUUUAUAGGUGUGUGUGGCACUGGGCUGUAACUAUGGUCUUCAGACUACGUUUCUUUAGUUGUUUCUACGUGACAAAUACACUACAGUAAUUUAGUUCUUAGCUAAUUUAUUUCCUUGAUCACUGCAUCCUGAAGCCAUAGGUUUUUCCUCAUAGGUGCCAUAGGUAAAGCAUAUCAUCAGACACAAAACAAUGCAAACUGAUGUCUCACAAUUAGCUGCAUUCAGUAAGAGAUGGAAAAGUCAUAGCAGUAAUUUUAUAUAGCCUUAAAGGUGCUACACAUAGGAUUUUUUAUUUUGCAUUGUCAUUUCAGAAAAUGGCUAUAAUAUAUCUGCAGUAAUAGUGGAAUGAUAGUGGUUCACUGUAUUACAUAACUGCCCACCAGUGUUGUGAUUAGCUGUGAUAUUUGUCUAUUGAUUACAUCUGUUGUCGAAAUGGGAAAGCUGUUUUGACUUUGGCUGUGUUAUCAAGUGGAAAUCGGGUCAAGCGGCCAAUGUAAAAAUCGCUCUAAUUUCCUGGUUGCUAAAAUUCUACACGGUUUACUCAAUUUCUGUUGUAUGUGAGAAAACAAGCACUGAAUAGUGUAGGGAAUCAUUGUACCAUCUAAAUCUCUGUGAAAUAUAUUUUCAAGAAACAAAAAAAUAUAGUUUUACUGCUGUUUUUAAGCUGGUGGACCAAAAACUAAACUAAAAGGCUCAAGCGUGAGUCUCCUCCGUGAUGCGGGGGAGAGGGUAGAUUUUGUUUUGAAAGCAGCCUAGUGCUGUUGCAAUUCACUGAGCUUCCAGAUAGAAUUUGCCCCAAUGGGUAGCACCUUUAAUGUUAUGGAUUGAGAUUUCUUACCUGAGGGCAGUAGCUAGAUUCUGUUGUUUGGCUCUUACUACUGUUGUGUUCCUGAUGUGCCUGGCCCUUGAAGCUGCUAUUGAAUUCCAGUUUGAACACACAAUAGUGCGAUUUGUGUGUGUGUGUACAGUUGAAGUCGGAAGUUUACAUACACUUAGGUUGGAGUCAUUAAAACUUGUUUUU